AUGGGUGUCGGUCCUCUGAAUGAUCUCUUCGAUGUGGUCUUGUAUCAAUUGUUCAAAACCACUCCUGACCAAUUUUCCUUCACUGGGAUGCCAUUAUCUCAAAGGACAACUUGCUGGGCUAUAUGUGCUUCCUAUUUGGCUAUUGUACUGAGCGGCUCCUUCUUGAUGAGAUAUGUCGAAAAGCCAGUAACCUUCAAGUGGAUCUUUUUCUGGCACAAUGCAGUCCUCUCAACCGCCUCCGCUUACCUGUUGGGCCUUUUUAUGGAAAAUUUGAUCCCAAUCAUUUACAACCACGGCUUGUUCUUUGCCAUUUGCGAUGCUGGGGCCUAUACAAACCGGAUGGAACUGUUGUACUAUAUAAACUACCUCUUCAAAUUUUGGGAACUAGCGGACACCGUUUUUUUAGUCCUGAAGAAGAAACAACUCGAGUUUCUGCAUGUCUACCAUCAUGCUGCCACGGCGUAUCUGUGUUUCAUUGAACUAGAUGGACGCACAUCCGUGUCUUGGGUGGUCAUUACUUUGAACCUGUUGGUUCAUGUCAUUAUGUACUAUUACUAUGCAAGAACAACAGUGUCCUCGAAGCCAGUGUGGUGGAAGAAACACUUGACCACCAUGCAAAUCACCCAAUUUGUAAUCGAUCUCGGUGUAAUCUACUUUGCCACGUACAACCUGUACGUUUCUAGAUACUAUAAGCAUUUGCCACACUAUGGUGGAUGUUAUGGCAGCGAAGAGGCUGCCCAAGUGGGUUGUGUCAUCUUGUCAUCGUACCUAUUGCUCUUCAUCCAAUUCUUUAUAAAGACAUACUAUGGCAUCCGUGCCAGUAGGGCUAGUAAGGCUAACGGGGUUAACGGUUCAGCUCCCAAAUCGACAAGAUCGAAAAAGGCAGAAUAG